UGAUUCGUCACACUCAAAGAUUACUUCGCCGCCCUCUCUUUCUCACUCCACCAUUGAUCGAUGUGGCGUUCUCGUUUCCAAGUUUUUUCCGAAGCUGCAAUCUCUAACGCCUCCACAACUUGUGCUCCCAUCGUUGCCAUGUCUAGUCAUCCUCUGCAGUACAGAGGUGGGCGAGCGAGAGGCCGAGGCCGAGGCCGAGGCGGAAGAAGUUUCUCCGAUCGGCCUUACAACGACGCGGGAGGAAGAGGAGGUCAGUUCGUCACCGGAGACUCUCAUUUCCAAUCAGUCCACGACGCCAAUCUCGAAUUCCGCCACGGGUUCAGAGGCUCCUCGAAUCUAGAUCCUCGUCGUUUCGAUCACGUGCAGCAACCGCCGUUCAAUCGGAGCUACGAAUUUCGGCCUCCGCCUCCUCAAGUUCAAUGGCGACCUAAUCAUCCGCCGUCUGGUCAAAGCUACUCAGCUUGCCCUCCUCCUCAGUUCUAUCAAAACCAGAUGUCUCGGCCGCCUCCUCCGCAGCAGCGUAGCUCCUUCCGCCCUCAACGGCCACGGUCAAAACACUCGGAUUACCGGGAAUGGGAAUAUGCCAAAACGGCACCGUCUCCUGGCUCCGAGAAGUUUAUUGUUCUAUCGUAUAACAUAUUGGCGGAUUACCUUGCAAUUGAUCACUGGAAAAAUCUUUACUUUCACAUACCGAGGAGUAUGUUGAGUUGGGGAUGGAGGAAGAGCAAGAUUGUGUUCGAGCUUGGCCUAUGGUCUGCUGAUAUAAUGUGCCUACAGGAAGUUGAUAAAUUUCAGGACUUGGAGGAGGAUUUAAGGCAUCGGGGAUAUAGUGGCAUCUGGAAGAUGCGGACGGGUAAUGCUGUUGACGGGUGUGCUAUAUUUUGGCGAUCAAAUAGAUUCAAGUUGGUUCAUGAGGAAAGCAUCCAGUUCAAUCAGCUUGGUCUCCGAGAUAAUGUUGCUCAGAUAUGUGUGCUUGAGGCGCUGCUGAAUUCGGAUGCCAAAGAAAAUGAGGCCUCUCCAUCUGAAAGCUGUUCCCGCCGGGUUGUCGUUUGUAAUAUUCACGUGCUAUAUAAUCCUAAAAGAGGAGACUUUAAACUUGGUCAGGUCAGAACACUCUUAGAGAGAGCUCAUGCUGUUUCUAAACUCUGGGAUGAUGCGCCUGUUGUCUUAUGUGGGGAUUUUAAUUGUACACCAAAGAGUCAUUUGUACAACUUUAUUUCGGAGGGCAAGUUGGAUUUGUCUGGUUUGGCCAGAAACAAAGUUUCGGGGCAAGAGUCUGCUGAAAUUCGUCCACCACGGCCAGAAAUCUAUACGAGGCCUCAGUCCGCCAAUAAAUCGCCACAAGGACAAGUUCAACCGCAAGAUUCGAUUGGAAAUGCUCCUAUGGAAAAUAACUUCAACAUGGAUGUUGGAAAAGCCCCCUCCAUAAGAAACACAUCUGAGAUUCCAUGUGGUGAUACUGUUAUUGCUGGUCACAAAGCCACCUCCAGCUCUGAAAGAGUAUUACUAGGCGAGGAUCUGCACUCAGGUUGUACUCUAGAAGGACAAAACAGAAAACCUGAUGACGCUGGGGAUCUCUCGAUAGCUGAAUGUCUCUCUUCAGUAACCAUAACAGAUCCAGAACCUCCACAUACUUCCAAUGGUAAAGACGAUUCGCAAGAAAAACUUUCAGCAAGUUCUGUUAUAUCAGAGACGGAGCAUUCUCCUGAGGAAAUUGUGUCCAAUGCUCAAAGUGAUUCAUCUAGUCUCUCCACCAAGGUUGACACUUCAGCCGAGAUGAAACUAGAUGACUUAACAUUGGACGAAGCAGAUGUACUCGCGCAAGAAGAAGGUAUAGGUGAAGAUGGGGAAUCUUUUUUGGCUAAGCUACACGAUAGUAAUGAAGACUCGAGUCAAUCAGGGGAACUUGUGAAUGUAUUUUCACGUGAAUCGGGUUCUGCAGCUUUUGAUAAUGGGAAAAUCACUUAUAAUCCAGCCUCUUGGACCCCAAUGGAGAUAGCAGCUGCAACAGGUGACCCAGAAAGAAGUACGGUUGAACACGCUCUGGAGCUGAAGAGCGCUUAUUCAGAAAUUGAGGGUAAAGCGAACACAAGAGAUGAAAACGGAGAACCUGUAGUAACCAGUUACCACAGAUGUUUCAUGGGGACAGUUGACUACAUAUGGCGGUCGGAAGGACUCCAAACGGUGCGUGUGCUUGCUCCAAUACCGAAACAAGCAAUGCAGUGGACACCAGGCUUCCCAACUCCCAAAUGGGGGAGCGAUCACAUUGCAUUGGUUUCAGAGUUGGCCUUCUGCAGCAGCGAGGGUCAGCCUAAAAGCUAAAUAGUAAACAUGUUGUUACCUUAAUCUAAGAAAGUGUUCCGAUGAAGAAGAAUUAGACUUUUCUGUCUCAACAUUUAAAAUAAGCUCUCAAUAGUCAUCUACCUUCACUAUUACGUAAGUACUGUAUGGUGAUUCGUUGUCUGAUAUUAAAAGUAAGCUUAACAAACCA